AGUGAAAAACUGUGAAGUAGAUUUUGACAGCUCCGAGGAUGAAGCAGAGCUUUACUUCACUGAACCCCAGCAGCUUUUGAAUUUGAUGACGGAGUUGACAGACCAGAACCUAUCCUUGAUUCUUAACUCUGCAAGGGUGAAGGAAGAGUUGAGGAAGCUCCGACAGUCCAUAACAACAACCAAGAGGGAGAUUGAAGAAGAAGAAGAAGAAGACCAGAUCUUUCCGAUGAUAAAUGAGAUGAAGCAAAAUAUUGUCAGAGGGAAGGAGAGAGGCUUGGAGCUUCAACAGAUGGUUCAACUUCACGAAACACUGAGCACAAACAGUCAAAAUGCAAUGUUAGAAGCUCUCAAUGAGAAGGUGGGAGAGGUGCAUUGCAGCUGUGUGGAUGACAGAAAAACCAACUUCAACACCCUGGAGAAAGUGGCCAACAUUAAGAACCUCCUAAUCUCUCUGCUCGAGAGCCUGGUGAGCAUCCCUGAAGAAAAACUGCAGAAGAUUAAGAAGAUCAAGGACAGUGAAAAGAGAAGCAGGCAGCGUGAAGAAAAGCAAAGAGACCAGGAAGAAAAACAGAAAGAACGGAUGAGGAGGUACCAGGAGAGAACCUUGGCCGUCUCAAAGAAAGUAAAUGGGAGAAAACUCAUGCCCAGAUGUUUGCCUGUUUCUCAGAGUUGAAGUCACUGAUGACAACAUCCCUGCUGAAGAUGACUCAAACAACUCUUUGAUUCUUAUGACAUGGAGUAAAAAAGGAAGGAGAUAAAUUAUUCCUAUGUGUAAAAUAAACUUGAAAUUUACAUAAAAAAUUA